AUGGGGGGCCCGGGAAUGGUAUCGGAGGGGGUGCCGGGGUCAACCCCCCCCCCAAGAACCCCCCUACAGGAACAGGCUUACCAGAACAUGUACCGGAAUCAGCGCACCCAGCUUCCCGGGCAGGCGGUGGGGACACAGCAGCCGUCAUCGACCCUGUUUCGGAGGUCCGGGGCGGGAGGCGUUUUCUUCAUUUUCCUCGUCAUGGUGUGCAGGUCCUUGAACCACUACGAGUAUGCCGAGCAGAUGGCCGGGGCCCUCAGGGCGAUGUCUAUGGUGCCGGCCGUGGGCCUGUUCUUGGGGAACCUGGUGUGCAUGUGCCUCUCGCUGGUGGAGUCGGCCACCAACAAGCAGAAGGCCAGGAUGAAGACGAUGCUCACCGUCGAUGCCGUGUGCGAGGGGUUACUGCUGGUGUACAACAUGCUGCUGCUGCUGGGCGGCGCGUCGGGGCUGGUGCCGAAGGAAGAGUUCGUCGGCCGCAUCCUCACCAACGUCGUGUUCAUGUCCCUCUGUGUCACCUUCGCCAAGGCCCGAUGGGUGGCGGACGGCGCGUUUUGAUUGGCUGAUUGAAGGGGGGGGGGGGCGGGGACGGCCUAUAGGCGGCGGCAAGUGGUGCUGGCCGUUGAUUGGUCAACGUCUUGUCGGGAAAAGGGCGGACGGUGCGUUCGAGAGGGGGCGGCCUGGUCUGGCCGAGGCGGCGGCGGCAGGCAGUGCCGGUCGUUGAUUGUUCAACGCCUUCUGGGGAAAGGGGAAUGAUUAACUGAUUAUUGGCAGG